AUGGCCAAUGGACAGGGCCAACUCCACAUCCUCCAACUUCUCGACAAUGGCAAGACCAAGUUCUACCACUUCCUGGCGGUCAUGAUCGCCGGCAUGGGCUUCUUCACCGAUGCGUACGAUCUGUUUUGCAUCUCCCUCGUCACGAAGCUCCUUGGCCGCAUCUACUACCACGUGGAUGGCUCAUCCAAGCCCGGCUCCCUGCCCCCGAAUGUGGCCGCCGCCGUGAAUGGGGUUGCCCUAUGCGGGACACUUGCCGGCCAGCUCUUCUUCGGGUGGCUCGGGGACAAGCUUGGCCGGAAGCGGGUCUAUGGAAUCACUCUGAUGCUCAUGGCUGGUUGUUCUAUUGCCUCGGGCCUGUCAUUCGGUGGUUCACCGAGGGCGGUCAUGGCCACACUCUGCUUCUUCCGCUUCUGGCUAGGGUUUGGCAUUGGCGGCGACUACCCGCUCUCUGCCACCAUCAUGUCCGAAUACUCCAACAAGAAGACCCGAGGCGGAUUCAUCGCUGCUGUGUUCGCCAUGCAGGGUUUUGGGAUUCUAGGUGGGGGUUCGGUGGCGCUCGGGGUCUCAGCCAUCUUCCGAAAAUUCUACCCUGCGCCAGCAUUCGCCAUCGACCCGGUCGGGUCCACCGUCCCGCAGGCAGAUUACGUGUGGCGGAUCAUCCUGAUGAUCGGUGCCCUUCCAGCUAUCCUGACUUACUAUUGGCGGAUGAAGAUGCCUGAAACGCCCCGUUACACAGCCUUGGUGGCAAAAAACGCCCACAAAACACACGAGGACAUGGCGAAGGUCUUGCAGGUCGAGAUUCCAAUCGAGGAUCAACCGGUCCAAGAGAGCCCGCCCCCAGGUAACCGUUUCGGGUUAUUCUCCAAGGAAUUCCUCCAUAGGCAUGGUCUACACCUGCUCGGCACGGCGAGCACGUGGUUCCUUCUAGACAUUGCAUUCUACAGUCAGAACCUGUUCCAGAAGGACAUAUUCAGUGCGGUUGGGUGGCUCCCGAAUGCUAAGACCAUGAGUGCCUUGGACGAGCUAUACAAAAUUGCACGUGCCCAGUUCUUCAUCGCGCUUUGUGGGACGGUCCCAGGGUAUUGGUUUACGGUUGUUCUGAUUGACCUCAUAGGCCGGUUCACCAUCCAGAUGAUCGGCUUCUUUUUCAUGUCCGUGUUCAUGCUCGCCCUUGCAAUCCCCUACCAUCACUGGACCCUAAACCCUCUAGGGUUUGCAAUCCUUUAUGGAGCGACCUUCUUUUUUGCCAACUUUGGUCCCAACAGCACCACCUUCGUGGUCCCCGCAGAGAUAUUCCCAGCUCGGUUGCGGUCCACCUGCCAUGGGAUCUCAGCUGCCUCUGGGAAGGCCGGAGCAAUCAUAGGGGCCUUUGGGUUCCUCUACGCAGCCCAGAACCAGGACAAGUCCAAGGCAAACGCUGGGUACCCCGCAGGGAUUGGGAUGAGGAACUCGCUCAUUGUGCUCGCCGUCAUCAACAUGCUAGGGCUUCUCUGCACAUUGCUCGUGCCCGAACCAAAGGGGAAAUCACUUGAAGAAAUAUCACAGGAGAAUGAAGAAAUUAAGGCAGGCCAGCUCCAGUAAUAUGGUUCCACUUUGCCUAGGCUUCACAUAUUAAUUUCGUUUUACUAUCCUCAUAGUAUUAUUACUAUUUCUCUAUUAGGGUUUGAUGUCAUUUAACUUAUAACAUCAAAUUUUGU